CACCCCAUCACCACCCUUCGCUCUCAUCCGGAAAACCCUCCAGCGAGAUCCCCGCAAAGCAGCGUCCAAGAAGCUCCUCCAAUGGCGGCCGCCACCAUCACCUCCUCCCUCUCCUCCAAGCCCAAGCUCUCCCUCUCCUCCUUCCAUGGCACCCCUCUCGCCCCCGCCGCCCAGUCCCUCCGCCUCCCGGCCCCCCGGUCGUCCGCCCACUCCUCCGGCAUCUCCAUGUCCGCCGCCGCCGCCAACCCGCCGCCCUACGAUCUGAACGCCUUCCGCUUCGACCCCAUCAAGGAGUCCAUCGUCUCACGCGAGAUGACCCGCCGCUACAUGAUGGACAUGAUCACCUACGCCGACACCGACGUCGUCGUCGUCGGCGCCGGCUCGGCCGGGCUCUCCUGCGCCUACGAGCUCAGCAAGAACCCCGACGUCCAGGUCGCCAUCAUCGAGCAGUCCGUCAGCCCCGGCGGCGGCGCCUGGCUCGGCGGCCAGCUCUUCUCCGCCAUGGUGGUGAGGAAGCCGGCACACCGCUUCCUGGACGAGCUCGAGAUCGAGUACGACGAGCAGGACAACUACGUGGUGAUCAAGCACGCGGCGCUGUUCACGUCGACCAUCAUGAGCAAGCUCCUGGCGAGGCCCAACGUGAAGCUCUUCAACGCCGUGGCCGCCGAGGACCUGAUCGUCAAGAACGACCGGGUCGGCGGGGUGGUCACCAACUGGGCCCUCGUGUCGAUGAACCACGACACCCAGUCGUGCAUGGACCCGAACGUCAUGGAGGCCAAGGUGGUGGUGAGCUCGUGCGGCCACGACGGGCCGUUCGGGGCCACCGGGGUGAAGAGGCUGAGGAGCAUUGGGAUGAUCGACAGCGUGCCCGGGAUGAAGGCCCUCGACAUGAACACCGCCGAGGACGCCAUCGUCAGGCUCACCAGGGAGAUCGUGCCCGGGAUGAUCGUGACCGGCAUGGAGGUGGCCGAGAUCGAUGGGUCUCCGAGAAUGGGGCCGACCUUCGGAGCGAUGAUGAUAUCGGGGCAGAAGGCGGCUCACCUCGCCUUGAAGGCCUUGGGAUUGCCGAACGCAUUGGACGGAUCCUACGUCGGGAGCAUCCAACCGGAGCUCAUCCUCGCCGCAGCCGACUCGGCGGAGAUCGCGGAAGCUUGAGAUUAAGCCAACCGAGAUUUGCUUGUCUUGAGUAGAGAGACUGAAAAAGAGAAAAGAGAGGUGUGCUUUGGUGAGAUGAGCCAGGGUGGGUGGGGGCCUUAUAUGGCCUGUAAUAGAUGGAGUGCGUAGUUUUGGGCGUUUUGUCAAUAAGGUUGGAUUUGUGUCAGGUCUCUGUUUUUCUUUCUUUCUCUCUUUCGCUCGCUUUGCAUUUUCUGCUGCCGCUGCCGCUUCUGCUUGUGCUUGCAUCAAGAAGCUUUGCCUCCUGGAUUUGGAUGAAUGGGAGUCGAGUUUCGGAGUCGAUUUGCUUGUCCGGAUAAUCUUUUGGAGUAUUCACUAAAAUAUCUACUAGUGGCCGAAGUCACUGUCGAAAUUUCUGCUGCUUGUUAUCAAAAGUACUUACUGUCUUUUCUGAAA